GUUUUCGGAGAAAAAAGAAAAUCAUUUUCCUGAAUUUUCAGACAAGGAAAAUAAAAAAGCUUUUUAUUACUCUUCUCUGCCUCGUAUCCAGACCUGAACGCUCAAUCAUCGGAAUUUUCGAAAAAAGGAAAAAUGGGCGUCCGAGAAACCGACCCGCUUUCACAACUGAGUUUGCCUCCCGGGUUUCGGUUCUAUCCAACGGAUGAGGAGCUUUUGGUGCAGUACCUCUGUAGAAAAGUUGCAGGCCACCAUUUUUCUUUACAGAUUAUUGGAGAUAUUGAUUUGUACAAAUUCGAUCCUUGGGAUCUUCCAAGCAAAGCUGUGUUCGGGGAAAAAGAGUGGUAUUUUUUCAGCCCGAGAGACAGGAAGUACCCGAAUGGAUCACGGCCCAACAGAGUAGCGGGUUCGGGGUACUGGAAAGCAACCGGGACUGAUAAGAUUAUUACAACAGAGGGAAGAAAAGUUGGUAUAAAGAAAGCCCUGGUUUUCUACGUUGGAAAAGCACCUAAAGGAACCAAGACAAACUGGAUUAUGCACGAAUACAGACUGUCUGAACCUCCAAGGAAAAAUGGCAGCUCUAGGUUGGAUGAUUGGGUGCUUUGCCGGAUUUACAAGAAAAAUUCAAGUGCACAGAAGCCAGCCAUUUCCAAUGUUCAGAGCAAGGAUUACAGUCUCGGCUCAUCGUCGUCGUCGUCAUCUCAGUACGACGACGUGCUGGAGUCCUUGCCGGAGAUUGAUGACCGUUUCUUCUCUUUGCCACGAAUGAAUUCUCUCAAGAAUUUUCAGCAAGAAGACCAGAAGCUGAAUCUUCAGCACUUGGGAUCCGGGAGCUUCGAUUGGGCUACGCUAGCUGGGCUUAACCCACUGCCCGAACUCGGACAGGGUCAGACCCAGCAGGCACAGAUGAACAAUAACAUGAAUGGCCAAAAUGACAUGUACACCCCUGCUUUGCAGCACCUUUGUCCUGGCAAUGUUGUGGAUGAAGAAGUCCAGAGUGGGUUGAGAAAUCAGCGGUUGGACCGACCCGGAUUCUACCAACAAAACGUGGGAGUGUUCCCUCAUGAUUUCUCCAACUCGCUUGACCCGUUUGGUGUUCGGUACCCUGUCCAGCCUGGUGGGUUGGGGUUUAGUCAGUGAAUAGUGAAAUACCUUAGGGGUUAUUGUGUAAAUACAUGGAAUUCUUUGGGCUAACAUGCUGGCCGUGUUUGUUAGAUUCCGAGAAAAGUAGGAGCUCCAAGGGACGAUGAUGAAUUUUGCGGGCUAAUGAAUCAAGAAUGCCAGCUUUGCCCCCAUUUUGUACUCAUCUCGAUUUGCACACUCGAGGGUGUAAUUUACGAUAAAAAGAACACUUAGGGGUUAGAAUGUAAUUUAUUGUAAGUAGUGAGUACACAAUAUAUUUACUUUUUUAGUUGAAUAUCCAA